UCCUCCCCACAGCAGACCUUUGCCCUGGCUUGCCUCAUUCUACACUUUGCUAAAUAUUUACCUGCCUCUUCAUGUGUCUGAUGUAGAUGUGAACUCAGCUCUGAUAAAGUGCUUGUGGUCAAGAGGAUAAGCUGCUACAAAAUGUCUGACAGUUUUCGGCUUUUAGUGAAAAAUGCCAAACAGGUGGUUCUGGUGUGUAAAAAUGGUGAAAAGUUUCUGACCAAAGAUGGAAUGCAGAAUUUGGCGGUUCUUGAGAAUGCAAGCGUGGUCAUUGGACAUAAUGGACUUAUUGAAGCUGUGGGACCAACAGCCUACAUCAAAUAUCACUACAGAGAAGCUGUGUUUGAUAAAGUUUUAGAUGCUACUGGCAUGUGUGUUCUCCCUGGUUUGGUUGAUGCACACACUCAUCCAGUUUGGGCUGGUGACAGAGUGCACGAGUUUGCAAUGAAGUUAGCUGGAGCCACAUACAUGCAGGUGCAUGAGGCUGGUGGGGGCAUUCACUUCACAGUGACACACACUCGUGCAACAGAUAAAGAAACAUUGCUGCAGGGGUUGAAGGGCAGACUGGAACGCAUGCUAAGAGCUGGAACGACACUGGUGGAGUGUAAGACUGGUUAUGGACUGGAGCUCAAUACUGAGCUAAAAAUGUUGAACGUUAUAGAUGCAGCCAGGAAGACCAUGACUAUCGGAAUAUCUUCAACAUACUGCGGUGCACAUGCAGUGGCCAGAGGUAAGACUAUGGAGGAGGCAACUGAGGACAUUCUCUCAGUGCAGCUACCUGCAAUAAAAAAGCAGAUUUCUGAAGGUAAUCUGCAGGUGGACAACAUCGACGUGUUCUGUGAAAAAGGCGUUUUUGAUCUGAAUUCCACUCGUCAAAUUCUCCAGGCUGGGAAAGACAUUGGCCUCAACAUCAACUUUCAUGGAGAUGAACUUCAUCCUAUGAACUCUGCACAGCUUGGGGCGGAGCUUGGUGCUUUAGCUAUAAGCCACCUAGAGGAAGUGACCGAUCAGGGCAUUGCUGCCAUGGCGAGGGCAAAGACGUGUGCUGUCCUGCUCCCCACCACUGCCUACAUUCUCAGGCUUCCAUGUCCUCGGGCCAGAGAUAUGCUUGAUGCUGGAGUUAUUGUAUCACUUGGGAGUGAUUUUAAUCCCAAUGCUUACUGCUGCUCGAUGCCAAUGGUGAUGCACUUGGCCUGCGUGAUGUUGAAAAUGUCAAUGACUGAAGCUCUGGCGGCUGCCACAAUAAACGCAGCCUAUGCUUUAAAUCACUCACAGACACAUGGAUCUCUGGAGCCUGGCAAACAAGGAGAUCUUCUCAUCAUAAAUGCCCCACGUUGGGAGCAUCUUAUCUACCAGUUUGGAAGCCAUCAGGAGCUGGUGAGAUUCGUCAUCAUCAAAGGCAACGUUGUUUAUGAAAAUGACAAGGUCUUGAGCCUCUAAAUGUAAAAAAUAUUGGUUUAUACAAAGAGCUUAAAGAUUUAUUGAACAGUCUGCAGGAAUAAACUGACUGCUGUUUAUUAAGGUA